CAAUCCCAGCGCACCGAGCACAAGCUUCUCCCUUGGACCCCUUUCCCCUACAGUGGCUUAAGCACAGACCAGUUUGUGCCACGAGCGCCCCGCCUCAACCCCGGGAAGGCGCGGCUAAGCAGCUCUCGGCCACGACUGGCUGGGACACCCACGACAGCCCGCGCUUUCCUUGAUUGGGAUCGCUGGUUGUCAACAAUCAAAUUUCCCCACUACCCAAGACAGAAGCCAGGCUUCCGCAGAAACCACAAUUUUCAACUUCCCGACCGUCAAGCAGUCUGUCUUUGGCCAACUGACGCCUGGACUCUUCUCAUUUAUCCAUUAUCAACUUGCACACCACUCGCAGCAUUCGAUCAAGAUGCGUGAAAUCAUCAGUCUCAACGUCGGCCAGGCUGGUUGCCAGAUUGCCAAUUCGUGCUGGGAGCUCUACUGCCUCGAGCAUGGAAUCCAGCCCGAUGGCUUCCUCACCGAGGAGCGCAAGGCCGCUGACCCCGACCACGGCUUCAGCACCUUCUUUUCUGAGACCGGAAAUGGAAAAUACGUCCCCCGGACGAUCUAUUGCGACCUCGAGCCUAAUGUCGUCGACGAGGUCCGCACUGGACCCUACCGCGGGCUUUUCCACCCCGAGCACAUGAUUACUGGAAAGGAGGACGCCUCCAACAACUACGCACGGGGGCACUAUACCGUGGGCAAGGAGCUUAUUGAUCAAGUGCUCGACAAGGUCCGCCGCGUGGCCGACAACUGCAGUGGUCUCCAGGGCUUCCUGGUGUUCCACUCGUUUGGUGGCGGUACCGGAUCCGGAUUCGGUGCUCUGUUGAUGGAGCGUCUCUCGGUCGACUACGGCAAGAAGAGCAAGCUCGAGUUCUGCGUCUACCCCGCUCCCCAGACGGCCACGUCGGUCGUCGAGCCGUACAACUCCAUCCUGACGACGCACACGACUCUCGAGCACGCCGACUGCUCCUUCAUGGUCGACAAUGAGGCCAUCUAUGACAUUUGCCGUCGCAACCUUGGCCUUGAGCGCCCCAACUACGAGAACCUGAACCGCCUGAUUGCCCAGGUCGUUUCUUCCAUUACUGCCUCGCUCCGCUUUGAUGGAUCCCUCAACGUCGAUCUGAACGAGUUCCAGACCAACCUUGUCCCCUAUCCUCGCAUCCACUUCCCUCUGGUGGCUUACGCACCGGUCAUCUCGGCUGCUAAGGCUGCCCACGAGGCCAACUCGGUUCAGGAGAUGACCAUGUCGUGCUUCGAGCCCAACAACCAGAUGGUCAAGUGCGAUCCUCGUCAUGGAAAGUAUAUGGCUACUUGCCUGCUGUAUCGCGGUGAUGUCGUACCCAACGACGCUCACGCUGCUGUGGCCACUCUCAAGACUAAGCGGACCAUCCAGUUCGUCGACUGGUGCCCCACAGGCUUCAAGCUCGGUAUCUGCUACCAGCCCCCCCACCAGGUGCCCAACGGCGAUCUCGCCAAGGUCAACCGCGCUGUCUGCAUGCUGUCCAACACCACCGCCAUCGCUGAGGCAUGGUCUGCCCUGUCGGCCAAGUUCGACCUCAUGUACUCCAAGCGUGCGUUCGUCCACUGGUACGUUGGCGAGGGUAUGGAGGAAGGCGAGUUCUCCGAGGCUCGCGAGGAUCUCGCAGCUCUGGAGCGCGACUACGAGGAGGUUGCUGCCGACUCGAUGGAGGGCGAGGAGGUUGAGGCCGAGUACUAGACUUGGUAGAGUUGUCUGGUGAUGGUGAUGGUAUGACGACGUUGUCUGAGUACUUUGAUGGGACACCCCCAGUCGUCGACUCUCUGGUUCGCAGCGGUUAGGCUACAGCCUCCGUUGGUAGCUGUCUUGCUCUGAGAUGAUAGGUAUUCUUCCUUGGCAAGCACAGGACCUUGGUUUUUCUAUGUUAGACUGAAGUAAUAGUCGAUUUUAAUCAGAACAAGCCCAUUUAUUCGGAGGGACAUCUGGCUCUAUGCGCGUUCUUUGUACGUGAUACUAUGUAGACUGUGGUCUUGAUGCGACGGGACCGGUCAAGGCGUGGCAUUAGCGCUUAGGUUAAAUUACGUCCCAACUCUAGACGUUGAACCUUGGUGCGUCGCAUGGAAGACGCAGCUCAGGCCGACAGUAGAGUGCAUAUGCAACCUUUAUUCUCGUGGUAUGGAGGGCUCUGGAAGUUUUGCUUAUAC